AUGCAUCGUGUAAUCGAAAAGCGAGCAGAAGAUAUUGUAAUACAUGAAAAUAAUCGUAACUCGCCUACAAUUGAAACAAAAAGUAAUAGCAAAAGCAAGUAUGGUCGUAAAAUAAACUACAACUUUGCGAAAAGUACAGAUCUAUAUUUUUCCCUAGAUGCUCUUCUAAUCCAAAAGUAUAAACAAAUAGUUUCAUGGGAUUCAAUGUUUUCCGCACUAGAAGACAAUGAAGUUCUCAGAAUUUCUUCUCGCCUUUCGAAAAUUUGCACGGAAACUGAAAUCACAUCAAAACCGAAGAGGCAUCUGACGUUGAAUGAAUUUAUUAUUCUGGAUGCAGUUAUGACGACAACUUCAUUUUAA